ACCUGCGACCUGUCAGAACCGGGUCAGAGGCACGCACACCGAGUGCACUUUGUCACAGACGUCAUGCGCCAAGUCAAACCUGGUUGUUACAGUCGGCCAUGUUCAUGCUCGUGUCACUGAAGAGAUGCCCGGCUUCUUUCCGGGUAGAAAUAUGAAGCAUUGUGCUUUUGUAAAAACAAAAAAAUUCAAAUUAACUUUGCUCACUCACUCAUUCCCUUAACCACUUAUUAGGGUGGGUGGGAGCUGAGGCAGGAGGACACCCAGGAUGGGAAAUGAGACUGAUCUGAUACACCAAUAAGUUUUCAUCUGCUUAAAUAAAAGAAUCACAGCCUGGAGGUCUUCCCUUUUUCUGUCCUAGGUAUUUCACAAGCUUCCAGUCUGGAUCUGGAAGUCUUUGGCCUUGUUCUCCUCCACUUUAGUGCACAUCUGCCCAUUUAACAUUAUUUGUUUUUAUCAUUAACUCAGUAAAGUUGCAUUAAAAGCACGCAGAUUAAUAUUUGUUGUUUCACGACAUGUUUAAACCCAAACUACUCAAUAACUCACUCAAAAGCACCUUAAUUGUUUCUGCACUGAUUUCCUUUUCAGCAUUUGAAAAGGCGACUGGAAGAAAACCCCAUUAAAGUUUAACCAACUCUAAAUAAAAAAGCAAGGCAACACUUAAAGUUAAAUUUUAGGUUAUUUUGUGCUGCUGUUCACGUGCAGUCCUGGUGCUGAGGUCUGAUGUUGUGGUUUGAAUCGUGUCCUUCCAGAUAAAGUCAGACAAUGAAGCAUGAGGAACUUCUUCACUCCUCUUCAUUAAUCGCUGGAGGCGUCGCAUCUUUCCUCCACAUUUCCUCCUUUUAUUAUCUUCGUUCAUCAGAAAUAAAGCAGGACAGCUGGUAUUCGCCAUGGGAGAGUGGGACCUACUGGGCCGCCUGCUGGAUAAAGUGCAGAGCAACUCCACGGUGAUUGGAAAAGUCUGGCUCACGGUUCUGUUUGUGUUCCGGAUCAUGGUCCUACACACCGGCGCUGAGAAGGUGUGGGGGGACGAGCACUCGGGCUUCGUCUGCAACACUCAGCAGCCCGGAUGUGUGAACGUCUGCUACGACCUCGCCUUCCCCAUCUCUCACAUCCGCUUUUGGGUUUUUCAGAUCAUCGCCUUAGCGACGCCAAAGCUGCUGUACCUCGGCCACGUCCUUCAUGUGAUUCACGUGGAGAAGAAGAUGAUGCAGAGGAUGAAGAACCAAGGAGAGCUGGAUGAGCAAGCCGGUCUCUUCCUCAGGAGGACUUUCAAAGUUCCAAAGUACACCAAAGGCAAGGGGAGGAUCAACCUCCGUGGCCGGCUCCUUCGCAGUUACGUCCUGCAUCUUUUGGCCAAGAUCGUUCUAGAAGUUUUGUUCAUCUUUGGUCAGUACUAUCUUUACGGUUUCACCCUCGAGCCUCGCUACGUGUGCACCCGCUUCCCCUGCCCUCACAAGGUGGACUGUUUCCUGUCCAGACCCACCGAGAAGUCCAUCAUCAUCUGGUUCAUGCUGGUGGCGUCUUUGGUCUCUCUCGCCCUCAGCAUCAUCGAGCUGCUCUAUCUGUGUGUGAAAGCUGUCAAAGAGUGUAUGGUGAGAAGACAGGACUACACCGUGACCCCGGUGACCCCUCCAGUCUCAGAGAAGAAGAAGAAGGCUUUUAAAAACCGGGACGAGACGAAGCCGAAUCGCGUCAACCUGGAGUUGGAGCAGCCGGGAAAGAAGCUGGUGAUGAACGGGACCACCGGAGGGGUUGGAGAGGGAGCCAACACGUUACCUUCUGACAACAUCGGGGAGAUCCACAUCUAAAGCAUUAUUAUUGGAAGUUUGAGCCCAAAUCCUGAUAGUUCUGUUUGCUUUGGUGGAAGCUGGAAGGGAGAGUUUGUGGAGUAAAUAAGAAGGGGGGGUUGAGCAGCUUCAGUAAACACAACUCAGUCACAGCCGAAUGUUAGUAAAAUAAGUUCAAAGGACCACCGUGACACUAAAACGUGACUACCACGUUUACACGCAGCUGACAAAACCAUAAAAAACAUCAACUUUUUAAAUUAUACAUUUUUUACAUUCCAAUUCCAUUUUUUUUUUCAAUAAACUUCAUGUUUGGAUUUCA